CGUCACUUUUGUUCUUUCUUUGCAGUUCCGUGCUUAAAAAUCCUCCUGAGCAAAGUUUUGGGCUACGGCAUCGUGGCGGGAUCCGUCCUGGUGAAGGUCCCGCAGCUGCUGAAGGUUUGGGGGUCCCGCAGUGGUGGGGGGCUCAGCCUCCCCUCGGUGCUGCUGGAGCUGCUGGCCCUGGGGGGCUCCGUGGGCUACGGCUGCGCCAGGAGCUUCCCCUUCAGCGCCUGGGGGGAGUCGCUCUUCCUCCUCCUUCAGACCCUCACCCUCCUCUUCCUCAUCCUGCACUUCGGGGGCCGCACGGGCCGAGGGCUGGCGUUUGUGGCCGUUUUUGGGGCGUUUUUGGGGCUUUUGGUGUCUCCGCUGACGCCGCUGAGCUUCGUCACCGCCCUGCAGGCCCUGAACCUGCCCAUCAUCAUCCUCAGCAGGCUUCUCCAGAUCGUCACCAACGCCCGGCAGGGCCACACGGGGCAGCUCUCGGGGGUCUCCACGGGGCUCCUUUUUGGGGGGGCCCUGGCCCGAAUCUUCACCUCCCUCACGGAAACCGGGGAUCUCCUUUUGGCCUCGACCUUCGCAGCCUCGGCCGCCUGUAACGGGGUCCUGCUGACCCAGGUGUUGCUUUUGGGGGGUUCCAAGGAUCCCCAUCCCAAAAAAGAAUGAUCCCAAAAUUCCCAGCAUCCCAAAAAACCCCAAAACCCCCCCAAAAACCCCAAAAAAACCCCAAAAAACCCCACCAAAAAAUCCCAAAAAUUGAAUUUUUUAAGGAUUAAAAAUCGGGGAUUUUGGGUCGGGACCAAAAAUUAAAAUAAUGGAAAAAAUAAAUUUAAAUUUUAUGGGAUUUUUCCCUAAAAAAAUUCCCUAAAAAAAUCAGGAUUUCCCCUCCCCCCAUCUCCCAAAAAAAAUAAUUUUGGGGAGAAAAUCCCAAAAUUGGGAUUUUUUGGGAUUAAAAAUUGGAUUUUUUGGGGGGGUGGGGGGAGGAUUUUGGGAACGAUGAUCCCGAAUUUUUUUGGGGGAUUCUCCCAAAAAAUCCUUCCUGGGAUCCUCCAAAAACCUCAGGGACCCCCAAAAUUCCCAAAUUCCCCCCAAAAAUUCCCAAAUUUCCCCCAAAAUUCCCAAAUUUCCCCCCAGAAUUCCCAAAUUCCCCCCAAAAUUCCCAAAUUUCCCCCAAAAAUUCCCAAAUUUCCCCCAAAAUUCCCAAAUUUCCCCCCAAAAAUUCCCAAAUUUCCCCAAAAAACCCCCUCGGACCAAGGUGGGGGAGGGGCUGCCCCCCCCCAAAUGGGAAAUGGGCGUGGCCAGAGCGCCCCUCCCCCCCCCAAAUAAAUUUGGGGUCCCCCCAUUCCUGAGGGGCCUCCCCCCCCUUU